UCCCGUCCGUGAGCAGCGAGCUGGCCGCGGCGGAGAUUUCUCCUUCUGGUUUCGGAUCUUAUCUUUUUUUUCUCCCUCCCCUCCCACCCCCCCUCACCCCUCUCUCGCUCCCUCUCUCUCUGCAGCUGAGCUCUUUCUGCUCUUUUUGUUCCCCUUCUCGCUCCACGCACCUGAGCCGCGCGUCGCGGGGAGGAUCGUCGGCGCCGUGUUGCUCGCUCGCCCGCAAAUGUGUUCGCCCUUGCGCUGCGCCUCCGUGGCAAUGGAUUGAUUUCGGUGUUUUCUCUCUCUCCGACCUCUGCCUCGACCAAGUUGAGAAAAACAGUCUCUCUCUUCCAACCUGCGGCUCUCUCUCUCUCCCCCCCCCCCCCCCUUCUCUCUCUCUCUCUGGCUCCAGCUCCAUGAUCCAUCCGGACACUUUGAAAAGUACCUGGCUGCGGAUGUCUCUGCACAUUUGAGGACUUUGAACUUUUAAAAAAAAUAUAUUUUUGGUCCCUGGGUGCAUUUUUUUUUUUGCAAGGAGGCGAUCGAGGGGGGAUUUUAAGGAUUUUUCUUUUUGUGUGUGUGUGUGUGUGUGUGUGUGUGUGUGUGUGGAAAGCUUCCCCCCCGGGGGGGUUCCUGAAAGCCUGCAAAGAUUUAUUCGUGGAAAAGUGAUGGCCGAGCGGGGAGCUCUGUCGCUCCUCUCUCUCCUCUGUCUCACCUUUCUCUACACGGCGACCACCGCGGCGAAGCAUGUCGACAAAGGUUCAGCAGCGCAGCCCUUCAUCCCCUUCUGGUUCACGGCGGAGCCCCAGGACACGCUGGCCAUCCGGGGCAACGCGGCGGUGCUCAACUGCUCGGCCCACAGCGAUGCGGCCACGCCGGCGCGCAUCGAGUGGAAGAAAGACGGCACCUUCAUGAGCCUGGUGUCGGACGAGAGGCGGCACAUACUCCCCGAGGGCCUGGUCUUCAACCACGUGGUCCACUCCAAGCACAAUAAGCCCGACGAGGGGACGUAUCAGUGCGUCGCCACCAUCGACAACCUGGGAUCCAUCUCCAGCCGCACGGCGCGCCUCUCCGUAGCCGGGAUGCCCCGCUUUGGGAGCCAGCCGGCGCCGACCACCGUGCGCCUAGGGGACAGUCAGGUGAUGGCGUGCGAGGUCAACGCGGACCUGGUGCCGUUCACCCGCUGGGAGAAGGACCGGCAGCCGCUGGAGCCGAGCAGCAGGCUGGUUCAGCUGCCGAGCGGCGCCCUCGCGAUCGGCAACGCCUCGGAGGCCGACGCCGGCCUCUACCGCUGUCUGGUGGAGAACGUGGGCUCGUCCAAGUCCAGCGACGAGGCCCAGCUCCGGACGCUGCCAGAAACUGGAGAAGACCGGAGGCCGGAGUUCCUGGUGCAGCCCGCGCCCGUGACCAAGGUGCUGGGCGCCGGCGUGCUGCUGCCCUGCGUCGUCUCCGGCCACCCUGCGCCGCACGUCAGCUGGAUGCUCGGAGACAAGACGCUCCAAGAAAGUGACGGCCGCCUGGAGGUUCUCGCAGGAGGCAGUCUGCAGAUCUCCAAUCUCACCGAGGAGGACGCCGGCGUCUACACCUGCGUGGCGGACAAUUCGAACGCCACCAUCGAAGCCCAGGCUCAACUCACAGUGCAAGUUCCUCCGCAGUUCGUCAAGCGGCCGGCCAACGUCUACGCCCACGAGUCCAUGGACAUCGUCUUUGAGUGCGAGAUUUCAGGGUCACCAGCUCCCACUGUCAAGUGGGUCAAGAAUGGAGACGCUGUCAUCCCCAGCGACUACUUUAAAAUAGUCAAGGAGCACAACCUGCAGGUUCUGGGUCUGGUCAAGUCCGACGAGGGUUUUUACCAGUGCCUCGCGGAAAACGACGCCGGCAACAUCCAGUCCAGCGCCCAGCUCAUCAUCUUGGAUCACGAUGUUGCCCUGCCCUCUUUCCCUCCCCCUCCACUGACUCCUAACACUACUGACCAUGUAACGCCAGGCUCGGGAGGCGUAGCCAGUCCAGCGGGGCCCACUCCCUCGGCCCCCCGUGACGUCGUGGCCUCCCUGGUGUCCACGCGCUUCAUCAAGCUGACCUGGCGCCCACCGGCCGAACCGCACGGCGACGAGCUCACCUACUCAGUUUUCUACAGCCAGGAGGGCACGAGCAGGGAGCGAGUGGUGAACACCAGCCGUCCCGGGGAGAUGGCGGUCACCAUCCAGAAUCUCAUGCCGGACAGCAAAUAUCGCUUCAGGGUCGUGGCGCACAACGGCAACGGCCAGGGGGAGAGCUCGGCGGCGCUCAAAGUGGCCACCCAGGCUGAAGUCCAAGUGCCCGGCCCCGCUCCCAACCUGCAGGUGGCGUCGAACGCUCCGACCUCCGUCUCUCUGAGCUGGGACAAGCCUCUUACUGGCAACGGGGAGAUGCUCACCUACAAGCUGUACUACACGGACAAGAGCUUCGGCGACGAACAGGACAUCGAUGUCGACGGUCAGUCCUACACCAUGUCGGGCCUGAAGAAGAACACGGAAUACAGUUUCCGCGUGGUGGCCAACAACAAGCACGGUCCAGGCGUCUCCACGGAGGACGUGGUCGUCCGCACCCUGUCUGACGUGCCGAGCGCCCCUCCGCAAAACCUCACCGUGGAGGUCCAGAACUCAAAGAGCAUCAUGCUUCGCUGGCAGCCCCCUCCCCUCAACGGCCAGAACGGGGAGAUCACGGGCUACAAGAUCCGAUAUCGCAAAGGGUCGCGGAGGAGUGAGGCGGCCGAGACCACCGGAGGCACGCAGCUUAGCAAGCUCAUCGACGGUCUGGAGCGCGGGACGGAGUACUCCUUCCGCGUGUCGGCCGUGACGGUGAACGGCACGGGACCGGCCACCGACUGGAAUGCGGCCGAGACGUUCGAGAGCGACCUGGAUGAAUCGCGUGUGCCCGACCAGCCCAGUUCCCUCCACGUGCGGCCGCUGAUCAACAGUAUCGUGGUGAGCUGGACGCCGCCAGAGAACCAGGACAUUGUGGUGCGCGGCUACACCAUCGGCUAUGGCAUCGGCAGUCCCCACGCUCAGACCAUCAAGGUGGACUACAAGCAGCGCUACUACACCAUCGAGAACCUUGACGCCAGCUCCCACUAUGUGAUCACACUGAAGGCCUUCAACAACGUGGGCGAGGGGAUUCCUGUGUACGAGAGCGCCAUCACCAGACCGCAGUCAGACCCCAUUGACCCCGAUGUUGACCUGUACGAACUCUUCCAUGCUCCAUACACCCCAGUACCAGACCCCUCCCCCAUGAUGCCGCCCGUGGGCGUUCAGGCCUCUGUGCUGAACCACGACACCAUCAAGGUGACCUGGGCGGACAACUCGCUGCCCAAAAACCAGAAGAUCACAGACAACCGCUUCUACACGGUGCGAUGGAAGACCAACAUCCCUGCCAACACCAAAGUGAAGAUGGCCAACACCACCAGCCUGAACCACGUGGUGACGGGUCUGAAGCCCAACACACUGUACGAGUUCUCCGUCAUGGUGACCAAAGGCCGCCGCACCAGCACGUGGAGCAUGACUGCGCAGGGAACGACAUUUGAGACCAUUCCCAGCUCCUCUCCGAAAGACGUGACCGUGGUGAGCAAGGAGAACAAGCCGCACACCAUCAUUGUCAACUGGCAGCCUCCGUCGGAGGCCAACGGAAAGAUCACGGGCUAUAUAAUCUACUACAGUACGGAUGUAAACGCGGAGGUCCACGACUGGGUGAUCGAACCGGUGGUGGGAAACCGUCUGACUCACCAGAUCCAGGAGCUGACGCUGGACACCACCUACUACUUCAAGAUCCAGGCCCGCAACUCCAAGGGCAUGGGCCCCAUGUCCGACGCCGUGAACUUCCGCACUCCAAAUACUGAGUCCUCUGACAAAAUGGCUAAUGACCAAGCCUCGAAUCUCCCGCCGAAGCCGGGGCCUUCAGGCAACCAACAUCCACACGACCCUGGGAAUGCAGUUGGUAAAUCAGGUGUGGGAAGCAACAGUGAAAAUCACAUCCUGGUCAUCGUCAUCAUCAUCUCGGUGGGUGCCUUCACCAUCAUCGUGGUGGUGGUUGGCGCCUUCCUGUGCACACGGCGCACCACGUCCCACCAGAAAAAAAAGCGGGCCGCCUCAAAGUCCUCGAACGGCUCCCACAAGUACAAGGGGAACUCCAAGGACCUGAAGCCACCGGACCUUUGGAUUCACCACGAGAGGCUGGAACUCAAACCCAUGGACAAGUCGCCGGACCCCAAUCCGGUCAUGACCGAGACGCCCAUCGCCCGCACCUCGCAGGACAUCACGCCCGCUGACAGCGGCCUGGACGGCAACCCCCACUUGCAGCAGAGGCGUAACUCCUACCGUGGCCACGAAUCAGAGGACAGCAUGUCUACACUAGCAGGUCGACGUGGGAUGAGGCCUAAAAUGAUGAUGCCUUUUGAUGCACAGCCGCCUCAGCCUGUGAUUAGUGCUCACCCCAUCCAUUCCCUCGAUAACCAUCACCACCAUUAUCACAUGGGGAGCCUGGCGUCGCCAACACGGAGCUACCUCUACCACCAGGGCAGCGGGCAUCCGCGCCCGCACGCCUGCGCCACCCCCAUCUCCCACCUAGAAAGGGUGGACUCCACAGAGUCGGUGAGGAACACCCCCAGUUCGGAACCUCUCCCUCCGGCCGCCGCCUCCUCCCAGGCGUCUUGCCCCUCGGAGAUCAUGGCCGACCCCGAGGGCAGCUACCACGGCUCCACCACCACAGAGGAGGAGCCCAGCUACUCCAGCAACCUGCCCCCGCACCGCUCAGCCCACCCGCACGCCCACGCCCACCCGCUCAAGAGCUUCGCCGUGCCGGCGAUCCCCGCCACCGGCCACCCUACAUACGAGUCGUCUGCGCUGCCCAGCACCCCCCUGCUCGCUCAGAGCGGGCCGCCCACUCACCCCCACGUCGUGAAAACAGCCUGCAUUGGAACACUAGGAAGGACACGACCACCGAUGGUGGUCACUGUGCCCAACGCCCCCGACGUGCCAGAGACCAGCAAGAUGUUGGAGGAUGUAGACAGCGUGCUUGCCUCCCUCCCCCCCUGCCCCUCCCCCGCCCCUCGCAGUAACCCUGUUCCUCUCCCUCAGAACUACGAGCCCGACGAGCUGACCGAGGAGAUGGCCCACCUCGAGGGCCUGAUGAAGGACCUGAACGCCAUCACCACAGCGCCAUGAGCACGCGUACACACCUGCACAAAUGCACACACACACACACACACACACACACACGGACACACUUUCCUCUGUCAUCCGCACACACGCAUCACAGAAAGAGACACACACUCUAAAAGUCGAACAACCGUUCAAUCAAAACAUAAACCUUUUGAGCCAGAGGCCGGUGGACACAAAGUGGCGUCUUGUGCCCGAGAGAAACUCUCCCGUCCCCCUCGCUGCAGAGGGGAAAAAAACAAGAAAAAAAAACAAACACUCCAGACUGAAACUUGGAAACUUUUUUUGGCUCACAUUGCUCAGUCUCAGGAGAUUGCCACGAGAGGGAAAAACAAGCGAGUCGCUUCGUCUUUUUACGAAGAACCAAUUCUCAGAGACAAUGAACUUUUAAAACAUUGGUCGCUCUCCACCGGAAGAUUGUGAAGUUUUUUUUUCCUCAGCAAAAAUCCGUACGGUAGGUUCGUCCGUGGCGAAGGCGCUCGCGCGAGACGAGGCAAGCGGCCGAUUUCAGUGUCAAGUGAAAUGGAGAAAGUCCAAAAAUAUGCUGGUUUUGAUGUUGGUGCUCAUGCGGCGCAGUCUACACACAGUGUUUGUUUGAUUAGUGUUUUCUUUGUGCAUUUUUGUAUAACUAUUGGGCAGUUUCAGUGACGUGAACAUUGGAUAUCAGCCUCCUUUUACAAGCCUGCAUUAUCCGUAAACAUGGUCUCUUUUUUUUUUUAUCCCCUUGUGUCAUAUAUUGUGCCAUGACUUUUUAUUAUUUUCUAUGUUAUUAUAUUAUUUUUUUUUACACACAUAUCCUUAUAAACGUGUACAUAUGUUUUUUUGUUUUUUUUAAACUGCCUCAUUCUUUUGAUGUUUCCCAGUGUUCCAUAUUAUUAUUAUUAUUAUUAUUAUUAUUAUUUGGAACGGAAGUGGGAUUACAAAUGAGUCCUGAAGCUCAGUUUUCAUAUCAACAGGAGCGAGAAGCCCGAUACAUCCACAGUACAUUCUUCUCUGGCAUUGUGUUUUUCCCCCUUGUAUGUUAAAAUGUCGUCAAUUUUUUUUUUCUUUUUCUUCAGUCGUUUGUUUGUCGUGGGAGCUCCGUUUUAAAAGCCUUACCAACGUGUUUGUAUGUCGGGCGGCCGGGACGACCCGGCCCCUCCGCGGAUGUCGCUCGUCACUUCGUUUCUGUGGGACUUGACGGUAUCUCCUCACAGGUCUCGAGUACCUAGGACUCAGGGCACUGACCCCCAACUCCAUCCUAUAAAAAAAAAUUUAAAAAAUACAAACAAAUAGAAAACAUCACAUGGCACCUGCUCAAUCAAUCAGUCAAUCGAUCAAUCACCUGCAACAGACAAGUUAUCUUUUAUAUGAAAAGUUCGAUUGGAUGUAUGUGUCAUUUACAAAAGCCAAUAUUUGGUUUCAGACAUCUGUACUGCUGAACCACAUGUGCAUACCCCCCACCCCCCACCCCACCCCACCCCCACCCCCUGCGGCGGAGGAGUGUGUUUGCUGUUUUCUCCCUGCUGUUCAUCGUCAAAUGCUCCACCCUGGUCCUUUUUACAAAUCUUACAAAAUGCAAAGAGGUUGGCCUUUUGAAUGGGACUCCCAGAUUCUUUUUUUUUUUUUUUUUUUAACACGGUAGUUUUUGUAUGAAGAAAAAAAAAAGCUUGUUCUAACACAAAUCCAGUGUAAAAAGGAAAAAAAAAAGUUCAUUCAAGAAACUAGUUUUUUCAUCACCCUCUUACCCAAAGAAAUUUGUCGUUUGCAAUCAUAGUCAUUUAAUCUACUUUUGUGAAAUAUCACGUUUUUCAUAAAUGUACGUCAUCAUGAAUGUCAAUAUAACUGUAGGAGACUUCAACUAUGGAUACAAACAAGGAACAAGUUUUUUUUUCAGAGGAGAAAAGAAAAAAAAGAUCGAAAACAAAGAAAGGAGGACCGGACUCCAUUUGGGAAAUAAUCUAUUGAGUUGUAAACAGUUGAACCUGUAUUGCACUUUUUCACAAUUUUUGAAAAGUACAUUUCUUACAUAUCUUGUGUUUUAAAUAUCAAAAGCUGUUUGUGUAACGUAGUGUCCUAGGUAAGCAGCAGGCAGCUGGUCUUGUUUAUUUUUUAAUGUUUUUCCUUUUUUUUUUUGCUUCAGAGAUGAUAUGAAUAUGAGCAGCCGAGGUGUUUACUUUGAAGCUCGUGAUGAGGAAUUCUGUUGUUGCUUGUUAAUGUACAGAGCUUUCUUUGCUUUCUGUAGGAAAAAAAAAAAAGAAGAUCUGUGGCUUUUUAAAAAAUGUUGGAAAAAAAAAGGUUUGGAAAAAAAAAAGAUGUUUUUUUAUUGGUGCUCCUAUACAUUGUGUAUACAAACUAUUAUGAAUACUAACAAAGUAAA